CAUUCGUUGUAGACUGCAGUUAGUCAUGUACCUUCACCAAGAACAGGUCGAGAUGCCGCCCAAUUUUCAGAGAUGUUAGAGCUGGGUGAAGAUAUAGAUAAUUCAGAAAUGUUAGUACUAGGAUUGUCACUGUAGAUGGUAGAAGGAUCCUAUAUUCAGAGAUGUUAGAGCUAGGUGAAGAUAUAGAUAAUUCUCAUACUGGUUUGCUGCUGUAUGAAAUAAUGAAAAUGAUCACAUCUGUAUUCCUGAUUGACAUGGUUUGGUCGAUCGUGUACGCCGUUCUUUGCACAGACAUACUACUUUUGUACUGAUACUUGAUCAUAUCAAAUGGAUAUGCUUGUAUUGGAAUCCUUCCAUCAUUGUUUACAAUUUUCUAUUUAUCGAAUCCUUCCACCACUGUCCAUAUGGUUGAAUUUCCUGACCCGAAUUUGUUGCUUUUAUCAGUCGGGUCUGUGGAAACGUGCAUGGACUGUAACUGCUGCCAGCACUUUGUGUUCCUUCAAGCCCUAGCUUCAUAACUUGGUAUCUCCAUGUUAUCUAUGAACAUUCAGGGAAUCUAAUUAACCAUGCUCUGUACAAAUGGGUAGUUGUGGAAGAAAUCGACCACUUGGUGUAUAAAUCAUGCUCUGAAUUAUAUUUUUCAGUCCAUUAGUUUCAUCCACUAGUUAGUGAAUCAACCACUUGCUGUUAUGUUUUUUACUUGAACGGUGGCAAUGUUCAUUCAUUGUCUAUUUUCUUAAUGUAGUGUAAUCAUAGUGAUCACAAUUCUUAGCUGCUAAUUAGAAUAAAAUUCGAGCUUGGCCAAAUGAUGGAAGAAAUAAUCUUCAGUUCAGCACCAUGCACUUCCCGUAGAGCAUUUUUUUCCUUUGGAACUUGGGACAGCUAGUACUAUUAGUUAAGUGACCUGUAACUGUUGCUACUCCUACAAAAUUAAUUUGACAGGCACAUCUGACAAUGCAAGUUUUCAUUUCUCAGGUUUACUUAUGUGUUUUUCUUAUCUUCUUUACAGAGCAAGCAACGUCCACCAGAAGAUUUGAGUUGAAAAUUAUUGAUGGGAAUUAUUAUUUUCUUGCUGUGAUUUGUCAAGAUAUUCAGGCUGCGAGAUUUUUCAGCAUUACUUCUGCACCCAUUUCUCGCUUUGCAAAACGUCAGUCUCUGGACAUCAGCAGCCUAAGAAGAUCUUACAGCUUCAAUCAACCUCAGCUCAUAGCCAUGGCAGCCACUCUUGCCAAUGGUGAUUCACACAACAGCCGUCAGAGGAACUACCAGGUUGUUGUUGCCGCUACGCGUGACAUGGGCAUUGGGAAGGAUGGAGUCUUGCCUUGGAGGCUUCCUGGCGACCUUAAGUUCUUCAAGGAGCUUACGCUGACUACGUCUGACCCUGCAAAGAAGAACGCGGUCAUAAUGGGACGGAAAACCUGGGAGAGCAUACCCCUUAAAGCAAGGCCUUUACCUGGUCGUCUGAAUGUCAUAUUGACCCGGUCUGGUAGUUUUGAUUUUGCAACUGCUGAGAAUGUUGUUAUCUGUGGAAGCAUGAACUCUGCCUUGGAACUUCUAGCGUCCACUCCGUAUUGCUUGUCGAUUGAGAAGGUUUUCGUGAUAGGGGGUGGGCAGAUACUGAGGGAUUCACUUAAUGGACCUGCAUGUGAGGCCAUCCAUCUAACUGACAUUCAGUCAAUCAUUGAGUGCGACACCUUCAUUCCUCCAGUUGACUUCUCGGUGUUCCAACCAUGGUGUUCAUCUUUGCCAGUGGUUGAGAGCAACAUUAGGCAUUCUUUUGUGACCUUUGUUCGUGUGAGAACAUCAGUUUCAGAAUCUCAUGACUCGAAUGGCAAGGAAUCAACCGAGCAAGAUACCAAGAGUAGCAAAUUUGAAAUCGAGAACUUCUCUUUUCUCCCUAAGAUGAUAUUUGAGCGCCAUGAAGAGUAUUACUACCUCAACCUUGUUGAUGAUAUUAUAAGGUGUGGUGCUCAGAAAGGUGACAGGACUGGAACAGGAACAUUGUCUAAAUUUGGUUGUCAGAUGCGGUUUAACCUAAGGAAGAGCUUCCCCUUGCUGACAACAAAGAGGGUGUUUUGGCGUGGUGUUCUUGAAGAACUGCUGUGGUUCAUCAGUGGCUCGACAAGUGCAAAGGUUCUGCAGGAAAAGGGUAUUCAUAUAUGGGAUGGCAAUGCGUCAAGAGAAUAUCUUGACAGUGUCGGCUUAGCAAAUAGGGAGGAAGGUGAUUUAGGCCCCGUUUAUGGAUUUCAAUGGCGACACUUUGGUGCUGAAUACACCGACAUGCAUGCUGACUAUACUGGAAAAGGUUUUGAUCAGCUAAUCGAUGUGAUUGACAAGAUCAAGAAUAAUCCUGACGAUCGGCGAAUCAUCAUGUCUGCAUGGAAUCCUUCAGAUCUAAAAAAGAUGGCCCUUCCUCCCUGCCACAUGUUUGCACAAUUUUAUGUUGAGAAUGGGGAGCUAUCAUGCCAGAUGUAUCAACGCUCUGCAGACAUGGGACUUGGUGUUCCUUUCAACAUUGCAUCAUAUUCUCUUCUGACAUGCAUGAUUGCUCAAGUCUGUGGUCUCUCCCCUGGAGAUUUCAUCCAUGUCAUAGGGGACGCCCAUGUGUACAGAACGCAUGUUCGAGCUCUAGAGGAGCAGAUCCAGAAGCUGCCCAAACCGUUCCCAAUUCUGAAGAUAAACCCUUUGAAGAAGGACAUUGAUUCUUUCGUGGCGUCGGACUUCAAGCUGGAUGGCUACGACCCGCACAAGAAGAUAGAGAUGGAGAUGGCGAUAUAGUGGUAGCAGUUGUACUGGUAAGAAGACAUGUAUGGCGUUCUCCGGCAAUUGUACUCGAUUUAGGUCGCGUAUCCAGAGUCUACAGAACUGUCUCCCCUUUUUGUUUGGAGCUCAGUGAUGACUCGAGAAUGUGAGUGAGAGCUGUUUGGGCAGUGCAACGUGUUGGGUUUGUGCUCGGCGAUGAUGGACAUAGCUAUUAAACUCGAAUAUUUAAAGAGAUUCAUCUGUCUGGUAACGAACGAGCUGUAGCUGAAA